CAGCUGACAGCUGGCUGCUCGCUCGCUCGGCGGAGAUGGAGUUUCUCUACGGGAAUCCCUUCAGCACCCAAGUCGGUCAGCGAGUUGAACAAGCAACAGAUGGAGCUUUGCAAGCAGAGGAUUGGGGCCUCAAUAUGGAGAUAUGUGAUAUCAUCAAUGAGACUGAAGAAGGACCGAAGGAUGCGAUCAGGGCCUUGAAGAAGAGGCUUUCGGGAAACAAAAACUUUCGGGAAGUGAUGUUGUGCCUGACGGUUCUGGAGACCUGUGUGAAAAACUGUGGUCAUCGAUUCCAUGUGCUGGUGGCCAGUCGUGACUUUGUGGAGGAUGUGCUAGUGAAAACUAUUCUACCCAAGAACAAUCCACCCAAUAUAGUGCAGGAUAAAGUGCUGAGUUUAAUCCAGGCUUGGGCUGAUGCUUUCCGGAGUACUCCAGAUCUCACUGGUGUUGUGACUGUUUAUGAAGAACUGAGGAGAAAGGGACUUGAGUUCCCUAUGACUGAUCUUGAUGCACUGUCUCCCAUCCACACACCCCAGAGAACUAUUCCAGAAGUUGACCCAGCAGUGUCACAGAAUUCAAUUCCAGCCCAGUCAGCGGUGUUUCCUGUCUCUGAACAACCCAUUCCAGUAGCAUCAUCAGAAGGUGCAAUUACUCCCUCACUUGAACAGGUUGCAAAACUGCGGAGUGAACUGGAUGUCGUUAAUGGUAAUGUCAAAGUGAUGUCUGAAAUGCUGACUGAGAUGGUCCCAGGUCAAGAAGAUUCCUCUGACCUUGAACUACUGCAGGAGCUGAACAGAACAUGUCGAGCAAUGCAGCAGAGAAUUCUGGAUCUCAUCUCGAGAGUGACCAACGAGCAAGUGACAGAGGAUCUGUUGCACGUCAAUGACAAUCUCAAUAACAUAUUCCUUCGAUAUGACAGGUUUGAGAGAUUCAGAACUGGACAGAAUACUGCCAACCGAGUACCCAAUAUUUCAGAGAAUGCGGACAACUUAAUAAAUCUUACACCAAACUCUCCCUCUGUUGUCACUCCAGUCACUGCCUCUAAUAUCUCGACACAGAUGGCGGGACUUAGUGUUACAGGAGAAAGUGGGAGUGGAACCGUGAAGUCAUUGGAAAACAGCCAUCCAAAAACUGAGGAAGAAGAGUUUGACAUGUUUGCACAGACUAGAAGCAAUUCCCUGGCAGAUCAGCGGAAAAACUGGUCACUUGGUCCAACCCAGACUAUGUAUUGUAGUUUUCCUCAUGGAGUCUGCUGUAUAAUCCAUAAAAGACUCCUCAAUGCAACUGCAUAUGAGGACUACAACAUGAGCAGUUGCCCAAAAAUCCAUUGUUCAGUAACAGAUUCAGUCACUCAGGCCAAUCUAAUGGAUGACAUUGAACAAUGGCUGUCCACAGAUGUGAAAGGAGAAUUGAGCAACGAUUCUGAAGGAGUAACAAGUGAAGAAUUUGAUAAGUUCCUGGAGGAACGAGCAAAAGCAGCAGAGCGACUGCCUACUCUUCCCUCACCACCUACAGAGGUCCCUGGCUCUGUUUCUACAUCCAAAAAGAAGAAGCAGGAAAAGACGGAGGAUGCCCUCUUUACCCUGUGAAACUGGACCCUGCCUCUGCCUAUCACUCUGUAUGAAGGAAUGCAUCAGGGUAGCCCUGAACUGUCUCUCUGCUAGAAAUCCAAUUCUUGCUUCUGAAUAGGGGAUGGUACGAAAUCAAAAAAAAAUACACACUUCCCAUGGGAAGUUUCAGUUUGAAGAUGGACCCUAUUUUUAAAAAAAACAAAUUCUCUUGAUUGCUCACAGAGCCCCUACAAUGGGGAUAAAGGUUAAUGUAUGUCCCUUUUGCUGAAGUUGUGGAGAUGUCAUUCAAUUACAUAUCGACGUAGGGAGCAGUGGGUUGAUAGCUCAUCUUCAAACUAUUCAUAAGAUAAUUUAAACUGCAGAUUCAAGUAUACCUUUUUAUGUAUUCCUCCUCCUAAAUCUAUGUGCAUUAUAUUUAUCUUUUAUAAGCUAAACUUCGAAAUGGUCUCUAAACUGUAACUUAUUCUAUUUUAAAAGCUUCAGUAGUGAUAAUGUGUUAUGAGAUGUGGUGGCAUAUGGGCUAUAAGGUGCCGGCUGCAAAGUAAUGGAGCUGGUUACAAGUCCCCUCUUAAAUCUGGUUUAUGGGAUCUCUGGAUUUGAAUUUCCUUGUUUGCUGUUAAGUGUGCAGCUGUAUUGGCAGCAUCCUUUACAUCUUCAUUUUCGUUAUCUAUACAGUAAACCUUCCCAUUGCCCCUUCUCCCCCGCACCCUGAAAGCUUUUGGAACGAUGAGUCAAUGCAGAGAACAGAAAGCUUUGGAAAUUGAAGGGUUGCCAGCCCUGCUUGGUUGUCUUGGAGUCACUUCGCAUUAAUUACUAAUCACCCCAUGGCACUACUGCAAGGAAAUCCAAGAGAAAAUCAUGACAAUACUAAAGCAGAAUUGUAUUUUAUCAUUUUCUUGGUUGCAAAAAAUUGAAUAUGAGAUUGACCCAGAUGUGCUUUGAUUCGACUGAGAAGGCCGUGUGCCUUCAAGAUGAGCCAACUGGAGGAGCAAGGGGUGAGGUGAUUUUCCCUGGGAAGUUUUGAUAAAUGCUCCCAGGAACACAACACAGAGUUGGCAACCCCAGGAAAAAUAAGUGGUACUAUUAUACUAUGAAUACUAGACCAAUUCUUUA